AAAACAACAACCACAAAGCGGAAGAAACGAAAACAAAAAGAAAUUGUUAAACCGGCAGCGCAAAAUGAACCCUUUGGAUAAAAUACACGCCCUGGACGAGAUUGAAAAAGAGAUAAUUCUAUGCAUGCAAAGUGCAGGCCAAGCGCUGCAAGAGUUGGGCAAAGAAAAGUCCUCACAGAAAAAUGCCGAAACGCAAUCACAACAAUUCCUGAAGAGCCUAUCCAGCGUUGAAUCCAAAUUAUCGGAACAGAUUAACUAUCUUACUCAAGUGUCGACGGGUCAACCGCACGAGGGUUCCGGCUAUGCAUCAGCCAAGGUGCUCCAAAUGGCCUGGCAUCGUAUUCAACAUGCUCGUUCCCGUGUACGUGAACUGGAGGAAACCAAGGCAAAACAUUCGCAUGCCGCACGCCAGCAGCAGAAGCGUCAACAGGAGCAUGCCGCUGCCCAACAACAGCAGCAGCAGCAACAACAACAACAGCAGCAGCAGCAACAACAGGCUGCUGCAGCUGCCGCACAACAGCAGCAACAACAGCAACAGGCUGGAAUCGGAGUUGGAGCCGGCGGCAACAGCGGUGUAGGCGGCACGAGCAUGGACACCAGCGGGGGAGUAGGAGGAGGAGGAGGCGUUGGUUCUGUGGGUGGUACUGGAAGUGGCAGCGAUGCGUCUAAUAGCAUGUCAAACAAUUAAACUAUAUGUAUAUAUAAAUUUAGAUAUAAGUAUUCCUAAUCGAAGUAAUAAAGAAAUGGCGCACAUAAGAAUGUAAAUGGAA